UACACUGUCAAAACAUAACCUCAUUCCCAAGCAAACGCGUCAUAUACGUAAAGCCGCACUUUGGUCUAAUUGCUGUGUGAUUUUUAUUUCUCCAGUUUUUAUCAUUUAAAUUCGAAACGCAGUUGUUUGCUAGACAACACCGCAUAAACAACAAUGGACAUUCGCCCGAGUCAUACGAUUUACAUCAAUAAUCUCAAUGAAAAGGUGAAAAAAGAUGACUUGAAAAAGUCUCUGUACGCAAUUUUCUCACAAUUUGGCCAAAUUAUGGAUAUUGUGGCAUUGAAAACGUUGAAAAUGCGUGGCCAAGCAUUUGUCAUUUUCAAGGAGAUCUCCAGCGCCACAAAUGCGCUACGUACAAUGCAAGGAUUUCCAUUCUAUGACAAACCAAUGCGAAUCGCAUACUCAAAAACCGAUAGCGAUGUUAUUGCUAAAAUAAAGGGAACAUUCAAAGAACGACCGAAGAAGGUUAAACAACCCAAACCAAUUCAAUCCACGGAUGAGAAACGUGAAAAGAAGAAGAAGGCCGCUGGUGCGGCUGAUGGUAGUGUUAAUCCAACUGCUGAACAACCACCAAAUCAAAUUCUCUUCUUGACCAAUCUGCCCGAGGAAACCAACGAGAUGAUGUUGUCCAUGUUGUUCAAUCAAUUCCCCGGGUUCAAAGAAGUGCGUUUGGUACCAAAUCGUCAUGACAUUGCGUUCGUCGAAUUCGCCACCGAGUUGCAGAGUAGCGCCGCCAAAGAGGCAUUGCAAGGCUUCAAAAUUACUCCAACCCAUGCAAUGAAGAUUACUUUCGCCAAGAAAUAGAUACAUUCAUCACAGGGGGGCACUUUAAAUAAUCGACAAACAACAUUUCAUCGAUAUUGUUUUUCUUUUCCCUUUUCAUUUAUCCAAAAUGAUAAUUUUCCGCAAACAAUUUACUGUACUAUUAAUAAACCAUGCAAAAGCAUUGCACCUCGCUUAACAUGGUGUAGUUUGUAAUGCCUUUUGAUUUUAAGAACAAAAUACCCACCGCCGAUGUGUUUUUUUUUCAUUCAUCUCAAUUUUUUAAAAUCGACAUAAAUGAGAGCUGUGAUACUUUUACAAGAAGCUAAGAAAAAAUACAAAAACAGAUUGAGUUUCAUUUUGCCCGGCCACAUUCAAACAACAUCCCCAAAAACUGACAAGAGCCGUGGAUUUUAUUCCGCUUUUUUUUAUAGCUAGGUAUCGAACCUCUGAUUUAUUCGUCAUUUUAUACAAUUGUUAU